AUGAGAUUGGUAUUUAAACCUUAAUAAAAAGAAUUCUCAACGAUAUCUCUGCCACUUUAGAGAUCAGAAAAAGGACAAGCAACAUGAAGGGACAAAUUCUUCAAAAUGUAAUGAAACUAGCAGAAAUAAUAACAAUUUUCUCCGUCGUGUUUCUUGUCACCAUAGCAACAGGAAAUGGUGCUCCACAAUGGCGACCGCAGGGUAGAUUUGGAAAACGGUUAGAUCAACGGUUCCCUUCAUCAUGGCAGCUUGGAAAUGGCGACAAAAGUAUAGACAUGUUUCCAGUUAUAGAAGAUCAACAAACACAACAAGGAAGUGAUUCAGAUGAACAAUCAAUUGAUUUACUGCACAAAUUAUGCGUAGAAAGCACUAUACCUGGAUUAUAUAGAUGUUACAGACGAAAAAGAGAAGCAUAUCCAAGAGGACUUACAGAUGAAGAAUAAAAGCAAAAAUGAUACCAAAUCAUAUUCAUGAAUAUUGAUAUCAAAAACAAUUUCGUGUAUACAACUUUAAAUUAUAAUUUGUUAAAAAGGUAAAACAUAUCAAAAAAAUGUGCAUGUACAUUUGUAGAUAAUUGCAAUGUUGUCUUAUAUUUUUGUCGAAUAUUAAGACUCAUUUUCAAAUUAUGAAAAUUUAGUAAAGGUUGUUGGUCCAAUCAAUACAUAAAUCUUUUUUUCAAAUUCGUCUUGAAUUAUUUUUAAAAAUCCAUCUUAAUUUCAACUUUCUCAAAUUAAUUAACGGUGUUUGCAUUUUUGGCCGCACCUACAUAUGACCCAUUUAUGGUGCAUGUACUUAUUAUACAUGCGAAAUAUAUUUCAUAUUUAAGAAUACAGCUAUGUUUGCCUGAACAUUGAAUAUAAAUAAAAAACAAAGUACACCAAAAUUAUUUAGGUAGCGAGAAUGCUUAAUGUAGGCAAAGAUGAUAAAAUUAUAAAUUGUCAACCUGCAUUUUUAAAUUGAUAAAUAAAUAAUGUUUAUGCUGUAUGAAUACAUUGUAAUUCUUCUUUGGAAAUAAAGUUCAAAUAACACA